AUGUCGGAAGGCUACCCUUCCCCCACCGUCUGCCCAGAGGCAAUGCUGGAGAUCCUGGAUAGAUCUGGCCCCAGGCCGACAGGGAAGACCAAGCUGGACACAGACACUCAGGCUUCCCGUCAGGCAGAGUGGCUCCUGGAGGGGAUCGCUGACGGGGGGCGCGGCGGCGGCGGCGGCGGCGGCGGAGGAGGAGGCGGCUGCGGGGCCGGAGCCGGGGCGGGGGGCUGCGGCGGGCCGGGGGGCGCGCUCACCAGGCGCGCGGUCACGCUGAGGGUGCUCCUCAAAGACGCGCUGUUGGAGCCGGGCGCCGGGGUGCUGUCCAUCUACUACCUGGGGAAGAAGUUCAUGGGGGACCUGCAGCCCGACGGGAGGAUCGUGUGGCAGGAAACGGGGCAGGUGUUCAACUCACCCAGCGCCUGGGCCACGCACUGCAAAAAGCUGGUGAACCCGGCCAAGAAGUCCGGCUGUGGCUGGGCCUCUGUCAAGUACAAGGGCCAGAAACUGGACAAGUACAAGGCAGCCUGGCUCCGGCGACACCAGCUCCACAUUCCCACAGCUGCUGCCGAUGAGAGCCCGGCCAGUGAAGGGGAGGAGGAGGAGCUGUUGAUGGAGGAAGAAGAGGAGGAGGUUCUGGCAGGGGUCUCCGCGGAGGACAAGAGUCGGAGACCACCUGCGAAGGGGCCCGGGGAGCCUGCCCACCCAGAGGCUGUGCCCCCCGGGAAGCGGUUGGAAAACAAGAUCCGGACGCCUGUGCGUUACUGCAUGUUGGGCAGUCGCGACUCAGCCAGGAACCCCCACACCCUGGUGGAAGUAACAUCGUUUGCUGCCAUCAACAAGUUCCAGCCGUUCAACGUGGCCAUCUCCAGCAACGUGCUGUUCCUGCUGGACUUCCACAGCCACCUGACUCGCAGCGAGGUCGUGGGGUACCUGGGGGGCCGCUGGGACAUCAACAGCCAGAUGCUCACUGUGCUAAGAGCCUUCCCCUGUCGGAGCCGGCUGGGGGACGCGGAUAUGGCCGCCACCAUGGAAGACGAGAUCUACCAGAGCCUACUCCUGCGGGGCCUGUCCCUGGUGGGCUGGUACCACAGCCACCCGCACAGCCCCGCGCUGCCGUCGCUGCAGGACAUCGACUCGCAGAUGGACUACCAGCUGCGGCUGCAGGGCUCCAGCAAUGGCUUCCAGCCCUGCCUGGCCCUGCUCUGCUCGCCUUACUACUCCGGCAAUCCGGGGCCCGAGUCCAAGAUCUCACCAUUCUGGGUGAUGCCGCCCCCUGAGCAAAGGCCCAGUGACUACGGCAUCCCCAUGGACGUGGAGAUGGCCUAUGUCCAGGACAACUUUCUGACUAAUGACAUCCUGCAUGAGAUGAUGCUGCUGGUGGAGUUCUACAAGGGCGCCCCUGACCUCGUGAGGUUCCAGGAGCCCUGGAGCCAGGAGCACACGUACCUCGACAAGCUGAAGAUCUCCCUGGCCAGCAGGACACCCAAAGACCAGGGCCUGGGCCACGUGCUGGAGCAGGUCUACAGCCUUCUUAAACAAGGGAGCUGAGGCACCGCCUCGGAGGGCCUGGGGGCCCUCUUGGUCGGACUCUGAACCCCCAGCGGUUCCAGCCGAGGGGGAGUGGGUCUGGGGGCUUUGUCCGUGGCACAGAUAAUAAAGGGGAGGAGCAAAGAG